AAUUGUUGUCUUCAUUCUCUUAUUUCUCUUCCCAAAAGAGGAGGCCAUUUUGGGUAACUCAUGCAAAUGUGAAGAUUACUUGUGAGGCUGAAGAUGGAUACUGCAGUUUUGUUAGAGCAACAUUGAAAGUUCACUAUAUAAUGGAGGACUGAACAUGAUAAAGAUUUCACAAUCACUGACAUGGCGGAUAUCGAUCAUGGGGAAAGUACUGCUGCACCCACCACUGCCAACAUGACUUCUAAGAAGAAAGAGCUUCUUUCUUCUGCCUUGAAGAGAACCAGUGAAUGGAUUUUUUCUCAGGAGAUACCCAGUGAUGUUAAUAUUCAUGUUGGAGGAGUUUCCUUCUCAUUGCAUAAGUUUCCUUUAAUUUCGAAGUGUGGAUAUAUAAGGAAACUGAUAUCAGAAUCGAGUGAUGCUGAUCUAUCUGUCAUUGAACUACCUGAUGUUCCGGGUGGAGCAGAAGCAUUUGAACUUGCAGCAAAAUUCUGUUAUGGAAUAAAUUUUGAGAUAAGUACAGAAAACAUUGCAAUGCUGCGAUGCGUGGCAGAGUAUCUUGUGAUGACUGAGGACCAUGCAGUUGGAAACCUUGUGGGAAGAACUGAUGCCUACUUGAAUGAAGUGGCGCUAGAGAGCCUAGCAGGUGCAGUUUCUGUUUUACACAUUUCAGAGAGCUUUCUCCCAAUGGCAGAGAAAGUGAAAUUGGUCAGCCGAUGCAUCGAUGCAAUUGCUCUUAUAGUCUGCAAAGAGAGCCAGUUCUGCGUGUCUGGUAUGGGAGAUAGUGUCAAUGAAAGUGCGGUUUCUUCAGCAGUGUAUCAUUCAAAACCUGUUGUUGAUUGGUGGGCUGAAGAUUUAACUGUUCUUAGAAUUGAUAUCUUCCAAAGGGUUCUUAUUGCAAUGAUGGCAAGAGGGUUUAAACAAUAUGCUCUAGGACCAGUACUCAUGCUUUAUGCACAGAAAUCUCUACGAGGUUUGGAACUAUUUGGAAAGGGGAGGAAGAAAAUUGAGCCACGACAAGAGCACGAGAAGAGGGUUGUCUUAGAAACAAUAGUUAGUCUUCUGCCAAAGGAGAAAAAUGCAAUGUCAGUCAGCUUUCUUUCUAUGCUGCUUCGUGCUGCAAAAACUCUCGAGACAACGGUUGCUUGCCAGCUAGAUUUGGAGAAGAGAAUGGGCAUGCAAUUGGCUCAGGCUGUUUUAGAUGAUCUCUUGAUUCCCUCAUAUUCCUUUACUGGGGACACAUUGUUUGAUGUGGACACUGUGCAAAGGAUCAUGUCAAAUUACCUUGAGUAUGAAACGGAGGGAAGCCCUUUGCUCUAUAAUGCAGAGGAUGAGUAUGUUUCCCCUCCACAGACCGACAUGGAACGAGUUGGAAAGCUAAUGGAGAACUACCUUGCUGAAAUUGCCACAGACCGUAACGUAUCUGUCUCAAAGUUUAUUGGCAUUGCUGAACUUGUUCCAGAACAAUCAAGGGCAACAGAAGAUGGGAUGUAUAGAGCCGUAGAUAUCUACCUAAAGGCUCAUCCUGCUCUAAGUGACAUGGAGAGAAAGAAAGUCUGCAGCAUGAUGGAUUGCCAGAAGCUUUCCCGUGAAGCCUGUGCUCAUGCUGCUCAGAAUGAUCGCCUUCCUGUUCAAACCGUGGUCCAAGUUCUAUACUACGAGCAGCAACGCCUUCGAGACGUCAUGAAUGGCAAUCUCACAGGUGGUGAAUCCUCUGUUCUUCCUUCCAAAGGGAACUUGUACUCCACUGACAUCCACCCAGUUCCUGAUGAGCUCUCCAUCUUACGUAGACAAAACGAGGAGCUGAAAAUAGAGUUGGUGAAAAUGAAAAUGAGACUGAAAGAACUUGAAACAUCAACUAUGAGAACAUCAAUGAGCAGUCCAAUGGGAAACAUUUCAACAUCUGCUGAUAAACCUCCUCUGCCUCGAAAAUCAUUUAUAAACUCGGUGUCGAAAAAACUAGGAAGACUUUCUCCUUUUGUGCGCACAGAUGGAGUGACACCUUCCAUUCCCAAAGGCCGCACCAGAGCUGCCAAAGAUCGGCGGCAUUCCAUAUCUUGAGGCAUUGGUUUGUUACUGAGCUCUAUAAUACUUUAUGAGGAAAUCUAAUGCCUUUGUUUGCUUUGUUUCCAAGGCUUGAGAAAAUUAGUAGCUUCAAUCUAAAUCCUACCUUUGAUCUGCUUGUGUGAUGUCAAUGUAAAUAAUAUUGUCAUUGUGCUUUGAAUAAGAUUGCAUGAUUCAAAGGCAUUGAGUAUAAAAGAGUGGAAUGGCUGAGUGUAAUUUUCUUUUA